AUGGACAGUGUCCUUCAGCUGGUCAAUCAGUACAGGAACGAAUUCCAGUACGGCUACGGUUCACUAAGGAAAAAUGUCGCUUCAAUUUGCCAAGGCCUAGCUAACAAGAAUCGACCGCACCAGAAUUUGAGCCGGUUGCAGCAGGAGCUGCUUAAGCAACGUGAUGAGAUGUUAGCGACAAUAAAGGACACACAGUCGGUGCUUCCGGAGCUGGACACAACGAAACUGAUGGGCGCAUUUUCCUGGAUGGGCAUCAUGCUGCUUGGAUUAAGUAUCGGGGCGAUCGUUGGCGGGAUUUUGCUGCAGCCAGUGCUUGAACUGUUUAUCAGCGGGGUUGAUGCUGCGCUGAUCGCAUAUCUGAUCCUGCCAGCCGCUGCAUUCUACUGCUUGCAACUGCCCAUCGAUGCCAACGAACAGAACGAUCUGCUUCGAAGACAUGCGCUCUUCUUGUUCGCUGUUUUUGAGGGAUUGUUGACCGGAUACAUCUUCGCAAAUAGGGGCCUGAUUGGUGUGCCACCACUCGCAGCUUUGACGCCAAUGGCAAUCGGGCUGUUCCCGCACAUUGGACAGUCGACGAUCGGGAAAGACCGAAUGAAGCUCAUCUGUAUGGCAAUUGGUGGUGGUAUGAUGCUUCACCUAUGCAUGGGUACCAUUGUGGACCUGUCGUUGCCCUAUUUUUUGCUGGCCGGUCUUUAUGCGCUCAUUGGCUUCGCUGUGUUGCAGCUCUAUGUGAACAGUGCUGGAAAAGAUCUCGCGCUAACACAUAUGUAUCAGUUAUCAUUCGUUUGUGCGGUGAUAUUUUCACAAGCACUUGUCUACGCCGUCUUCGGCCUCGAUGAAAAGGAACUGGCAGAAGCAUCGCGCUCCUCAUCAUUCUUCCUCUGA